AUGACUCAGGGAUUCUGGAAGAUUUAUAAGGCCAAAGUACUGCAGACCCUUGGUGGAGAAGCACAGGAAGAUGAUCUCCAGGAUGAGAGAGAGAAUCCCGAGCUGAUGGAAGCCACAGGCUCCACCCUGCUGGCAGAAGAGGGCUCGAACCCUGUUUCGCAGCUGGCACGGCGGGUCCAGGGCGCCGGAGCCAAAGGCUGGAGGACAAUGUCGUCUUUGUUCAGCCGGGAAGACGAGCAUCAGCUGCUGCCCUCCGAGCCGUCUGCUGACCACCCGUUAGCAGCUACGCCAGCGGAGGAGCCCCACUCUGAGAAGAAGGUGGCGGGGCUCUGGGAUGUCUUUGCCACCAAGUGGCAGCAGACCUCAGCCUUAGAAAAGAUGGCCUCGACGGCCGACUCCAGAGAGCAAGUAGCCGAGAGCAGCGGCCCCCCCGGGGAAAUGGCGGACGAGGAUGCCAGCAGCACCGGUCAUGACAAUGACCUUCGAGAGGCCGAAGGGGUGGCCUUCAAGUGGAGCUUCCUGACCAACAAACUGGCUGAGAUGAAGAACAAAAGCACCUCCAAGAGCAAUUAG